AUGAAUCAUGCAAGAUUUCUGAAUGAAGCUGAACUUAUGCACCGACUGAAUCAUCCGAAUGUAGUCAGAAUUUUGGCUGUAUGCACACUCCCUACUAAUGAACCAACUUACAUUAUAAGUGAACUAAUGGAAAAUGGAUCUUUGAAACAGUAUAUGCAGAAGCUUAAUCCUGUAGAAAUCAGAAUGAAGAAUCUAGUUGAAAUGAUGAAAGAUGUUGUCGGAGGAAUGGUGCAUUUGGAGGAACAGCAUUAUGUUCAUCGGGAUCUAAGAGCCAGUAACAUUUUAGUUGACAGUAAAAAUAGACUUAAGGUGGCAGAUUUCGGUUUGGCUCAUUUGCUUAGUGAUUCAGACGAAUACAUUGGAACGCUGGAAACCAAAUAUCCCGUACGGUGGACGGCCCCAGAAGGGAUUUUAAAGCAAGCUUAUUCAACAAAAUCAGAUGUGUGGUCAUUUGGGAUACUGGUUCAUGAAAUAUUAACCUUCUGUGAAUUACCCUACAAAGAAUUCACUGUCAAUGAAGUCAAAGUACGCGUGUGUUCAGGUUACAGAUUACCUCGUCCCAUAUUGAAAAUAUCCUCCACAGAAACUCUUCUACGUGUAGAUGAUGAGUACGAGGUUCCCAAACGAAAAAGUGUAGAAACUUUUAUGUGUCCUAUUAAUAUUUACAACAAAUUGCUUGAAUGUUGGAAUAUUUCACCAGAUAAAAGGCCAUCAUUUAAUUCACUAUAUUCUUUUAUCGAGGAAUUAUUAGAAAAAGAAAUCAAGAAGGAUAUCAGUACAAAAUAA